UAUUUUUCUCUUACAGUGAGAGUAAUAUAUACGCACAUAAUUACAAUGCGGUUUUUCUUGAUCCGUUUCAAUAAAAUGUUUCUGUGUUUGUGAAAGUAAAUUUGGAUCACUGAAUCGUGAAAAUAUUCGACCAGGCAUUUAAAAAAAUGUGGACGCGCUAUAGCUGAACAAAAAAUUGUGAUACGAACGAGAAUGAAACGCAACGUUUGACAGCUCUCAUAGUAUUUUGCUUGUCAACUUUUUUCUAUCGGACACGCAGCACAUUUUUCGGAAUGUGCACUUGAGAGAUCUGCAUUGUACAAUGAUCGAAAUGUCGUUCUACAAGGAUGGGGUCUUGGCUCAUUCUCAUCUGAAUCAUUUGCAAAAGUCAUCAUUAAUACAGCCAAACUAUGCUUGCCUCCUUUUCCAUUAUUUCCAUCACAGAGCAAUAAUAACGGAGGUUGACUGGAGCAUAUGCAACAAUCAGAACCUGCAAUGUGAACCUCCCUAAUCUUGGAUCAAAUUGCUGUUCUCUAAACUUUGUUACAAUGCCUCACAAUGGUUUGUGCUCGGAAGGGUACCAGCAAAAAGAAAAUAAAACAAACCAUAAGCCAAAAAGGAGAGAGAAUAUAUUUCAUCAUUUAGCGUUCUUCAUAAUGAUGAUAGUGUGUAUGAUAUUGGCUUCUAGUCAGCCAAAAUUGGGUGGUGCCAAUGGUGUGAUAAACGGAAAUGUGAUCAUAUGGUAUUUCGCUGUGCCUUUAACGUACUUCGAAGCUGGACUGACUUGUAGUCCAAAAUCCCUGUAUUCAUCGCUAAGUGACGGCUAUCUCUUGGCAUUUGUGAUGACCUUCAUGUAUAUACUAAUGCCAAUAAUAGCCAGACUAGGAAGUUGUCUUUUAACUUAUGCGAGUGUUAACCCUUGGCUCCUCAAAGGAAUGGAAGUGCUAUACUGCAUGCCACCACCAUUUAGUGUCAGUCUCGUGCUUAGUAGAUUGGCAAGUGCCGAUUUAUCAACGAGCGUUGUCACAACUCUUGUAUCCCACUUUGGAGGACUCUUCGUAUCUCCAAUAUUAUUAUAUUUCAUGCUGGGAGCGUCUACUCCUCCUCUCGUUGGUAUCAACAUUCGCGAAAUGAUUUACAGCACAAUUCUGCCUUUUGGAGUUGGUAUGGGACUCCAGACAACAGUAUCGAAAUUGAGCUUCUACAAAGAGGAACGUACCGCGUGGAUACCACGAUUGUUGCUUCUCCUGACGGCCUAUCACUGGUUUUGCGAUGCUAUUAACGCUGAUGUGACAUCACUGCAUGCCAUCGACAUAUUAUUAUGCGUACUCAUAGCCUGUAUCGGGCAAUUAUUUAUCACCGGUUUAUGCUGGUUCUUGUGCUCGAGAUGGCUACCGAAACAUAUUCUUCUUGCUGCGCUAUUUACGAGUACACACAAAUCGAUUGGUCUCGGGGGUUGGCUUUUGCGAGGUGCUUAUCACGGGUCGGCUCACGGCGCAGCCAUUAGUCUUCCACUCUCGAUUUUGCCGGUUGCUCAAUUGCUCAUGGGUAGUCUUUUAGCAAGCUGGAUAUCACCCUGACGAAAAUCAAUUCAUAAUUCCCAACACGAUCAAGUAUCUGAGGAAUUUGUGAUGGUUAAUGAAGGCGUUUGAUAAAAAGGAAUUUGGAAUAUAAUUCGAUAAUAAUAAUACGAUUUCACUAGUCGUUUUUGAAAUUAGUUGGGAGACAGGUUCAUAUUAUGCGAUGAAAUGGUGACUUAAUUCACGUACUACAAAAGGAAAUUACGAUGAACUAUGGUUAACUGCAUUAACUACUGACGAUGCGGUUUAUACAAGUUCAACGAACUCAACAUUCGAUUGAAUUCGACCAGUUGUUUCAGCUUCGUUCGUAUUUUCCAUCGUACAUACAUCUUGAUAAUUGUUUGUUCAAACCUCAAGACUUCGCAGAAGUAUUUAUCAAACAUGCCAUUAUGCUCAUACAUUUUCCCAGAAAAACAUCGAAAAUUGCGACACCAUAGACAGAUUGAUAAAAUAACAAAUUUUGUCACGCGGCUUGUGUUGAUUUUAUAUAGGAAUUUCGCUAAUUUUUUUAUCCUCAUAACGUAAAUUGUUACGAACUGUCAGUCACGAGUAUUUUCACUUGACCACCACUCUUGAUGAUUGUAGACUAGAAAGGAGCUUAAUCAGUUCGAGUUAGUCCGAUUUCUUGGGCUUUUAAUACGAGAAUUCAUAGGAUAAAUAUAAACAUUUUUCGAGUGCUAAAGGCUAGUGCAUUAAAAGAAUAGUCAUUGAGGAGGCAUAUAACGAUACUCUGUGAUAAUAUAAUGUCGCAUGAUAGAAUUGAAGACCGAUCGGGCUGUAGUUAGAAACAAACGAAAAAAUUCUUACGACAUAGUAUCAACUUUAUUCUCGAUAUAAAUCGAAUUUGCGAGAGAAAAAAUUGCGCACAAUAGUUUUACUACUUAGAUGGCAUUAUAUAUAUAUAUAUAUACAUAUGAAGAAUUCGGGUCGUUCAGCGACCAAUUUGAUUCGUACAAAAUUGUUUGUCUUACACUUACCUCUGUACUUAAGCUACAACAUGUUGUAUCUUAAAAAUCAAAUAUAUUAAUUCGAUAGCAAUAAUUAACAAAAAUAAUGAUAACACACCGUUCAUUAACGUGCUCAAAAAAAAAUGCAAUCCCAUAACACGAAUGCUUUGAAAAUGUAAAUGGUUGUAGAACAAACUCAAAUACUCGUUAAAGUGAAUCGAGUAGAAAAAAAGCGUAUAUGCUAAUAAUAGGUUUUACGACAUUAAACGCAAUAAAAAGAAGUGGCGACUUUUCCCAUACAAAA